AAAGUCGUUGUAUUAGGUAGAACUCUGCACUUCUCAGUUGGCAUUCAACGAAGGUGAAAGCUAUCCUUCCAUCUGAGCAAUUGUACUCAUGGCUUAUCCAUAUUAUUCUCCCCCUCCGCCAUCGUCACCACCGCCGCCGCCAAAAGUUCCUUGUAACACCCCGCCGCCGCCUCCACCAUCCCCGCCGCCACCACCCCCUCCGCCUCCGCCAUCCCCGCCGCCACCACCCCCUCCGCCUCCGCCAUCCCCGCCGCCACCACCAAAAGCUCCUUGCAAUGUUUCAGCACCACCACCUCCUCCCCCACCAAAACCUCCAUGCAAGUCACCUCCUCCACCUCAUACAGGUUACGCAGUGUCUCCGCCACCACCUCCUACUGGUCACGUAAUGCCACCACCGCAGACUCCUUCCCCGUCUCCACGACCACCUCAUCGCCGCCGCCAUCGCCAUCGCCAUCAUCAUCAUCGCAAGCCGAAACCUAUGCCCGGCCCGGGAACACCACCAAAACCUUGUCCUCCGCCACCACCACUUCAUCCAGUUUCUCCGCCCAAACCGCCAACUUCUCCUCCUUCGCAUUAUACUACUCCACCACCGUUGCCAUCCACUCCAACUCCGCCACCAACAUCACACCCUCGACCUCCCACUGCUCCACCGUCAAACCACCACCACCCACCAGGAUCUUCCAUUUCACCACCCCCUAAGAAUUGCCCGCCAACACCAUCAACGCCAGUGGGAGCUCCAAAUGCUCCGCCAUCACAGCCCGGCACUCCUUACAAGCCCCCACAAGCACCGUCUCCUACACCGUCGCCACCCAGAGCUGAAACACCAACUUCGCCGCCAUCACAGCCUGGCACUCCUUACAAACCACCGCAGGCACCCUCUCCAACACCGUCGCCACCCGGAACCGAAACACCAACUUCGCCACCCUCUAAGAAUUACCAGCCACCAGUGGGAGCUCCAACUACUCCACCAUCACAGCCCGGAACUCCUCACAAGCCCCCACAAGGACCAUCUCCGGCAUCAUUGCCGCCAAACAAGUCAACAAUGCCACCGACCUCAACACCUCCGGGAGGAAAUCACGGUCCGGCAUCACCACCCACAAAGCCACCACGUGGCUCCCGAACACCAGCUCCAUCUCCCCACUAUCCCAAACCGACUAGCCCAUCACCAUCACCAUUACCCUAUACCUUUCCACCCUCAACGUCAUUCCCUCCAUAUGCCACACCGCCGUCUCCAUUCUCUUCCAUUCCGCCGUCUCCAUUCUCUUCCAUUCCGCCGUCAUCCGGAACCAUUGUAUCUCCACCACCGUCAGGAGGCGGAGGAGGGCACCACACGGUAGUCAUUGCGGUGUGCGCGUCACUAGGAGGACUCUUCUUCCUUGCAUUCCUCGCACUUGGACUCUUCUGCGUAGCUAAGAAGAAGAAGAAACCGUUAGUAGUUCCUCCGGCGCCUCCCUGCGAAGAGGAAACCCCUCCACCGCCUCCUCCUCCGCCGCAUCAUGGCCCGCAUCACGGAGGGCACCACGGAGAAAUUCAUUCUUCACAAUGUUAAUGAUGGCCAGGCCAACAUGGAAUUGCCAAGUCAAGGUCUUUUCAUAUAUUUACUUUUCUAAAUCUAAACGUGGAAAUACGUCUAGUUUCUUUCAUAUAUUCGUUUUCAUGUUUUUAAAUUUUAAAUUUUAAAUUUUAUUUUUUCUUGGGUCUUCAUUGUUGGGAUGCUGUGUGAUUCAUUGUAUGUAGUGUGGGUGCAGCAAUAAAGUAGAAUGAUUAAUAAAGGUAUCUCCAUGAGGGAUUAGGGUGGGACAACCUUCUAUAUGUGUACUUAUGUUAGACGUACCAAUGUUUGCUACUUGA